CUAAUAUUUACAUCUUGAUAUUUUAAUUAAGGUAUAUUAUUAUAUAUUUUUGUAUUAAAAGUGUUAUUUAUUCUAUAAGCUUAACAGAAGAUAAAUGAUACAUCAAUAUAUUCUUAUACAAUGUUGUAAUUUAGAAGAUUUAAAUGGUACAUAUGGAGAAAUGACUCCAUAUUUGACAAGGCAGCGUACUUUAUUGUUAAAUUUGCAAGACCCACAGUCAAGAAAUACGAUCUCAUCCUCAAAUACAGUAGCUAAACCUAAAAAUAUUGCAAACAAAAAGGUAAAUACAAAGGUUAACAGCAAAGUGAUCAAUACAAGAUCCACGAUCCAAAUAAGAAAUGUGUUAUCUAAGAAAAGGAAUAAUGCUUCAGCUUCAUUGGAUACAGAAACUAUUGAAAAAGAAAGUAAAAAAACUGUGAAACAUAAACAACUAUCUAAAGAGGGAAUUAAUAACAGAGUAAAAGCUAAAAAAAGUGUAAUACAUAAUGAUUCCAAUAAUUUAAAUAGAAAUAAAUCAAAGGUUAUCAAGAGAAAGCAAAGUACAAAUGAAACAAGUAAAAAUAUUUCUAAUUUACGACAGAUGUCAUUAAAAGAAUCGUUUGUAAAUCAGUCUAAGAAGAGAGUACUACGUUCUUCUAAAAAUACUAAAGGUUUAAAAAAUGAUGAAAUACCAAUAAAAAAAGAUUGUUCUCCUAAAUUAAACGAUUGUGGAAGCAGAGAAAAAUUACCAGUAUAUAAAAGUGUUCCACUUGAUAAUUCUCAAGAAGAUACUAAUGAAAUCUAUGAGUUUAAAUUUGAUGUUAAUGAUUCUAAAGAAAAAUUGCCUAAGAAACGUAAGAAGAAGUUUACUACUAAAAAAACACUAUUAAGCAAAAAAAAGAAAAAUGUUUUUGGGAAACAUAAUUUGCCAGAAAUAAAAAUUGAUAAAGAGAUUCCAACUAAUUUUCAGUUUGAAGAAGUUCAAGAAGUUAAAGAACUUAAGGAGGUGACAGAAGCAAAACGCGAUAAAGAAGCAAUAGGAACAAAUUCUGUUGAAAUUUUAGAAAGCAAAGUUUCAACAGAACCUGUGGUUGAACAUGUAUUAGAGAAAGAUGACUUACAAGAAGAUUUAAAAAAUGUUUCAGCAGAUCCUUUAAUUGAACAUGUAUUGACAGAAAACGUGCAAGAAUAUGCAAAAGAAGAAACAGAUACUCAUAAAUCAGAAAAACCACAAAGCACAAAGGAAGAACAAGUCAAAGAUAAUAUUACAAAACCAAGAAUUGUAUCAGUAGAAGAUUUAAAUAAUAAAAAAGUUACAAUGAUACAUAAUUCACAAACGUCAAAGUCAGAUGAUUUUCAGCCAUUUAGACUAACAGAUAUUUUUAAGAGUGAUCUCGUGGUACAGCAGAAAAACAUGCUUAAUCAUUCAUUGUUUGAAAGAUCUUUAUCACCAAUUAAAAAAUCAUCAGAAAAUCUAGAAAUUGGUAGUCCCUGGAGAACGCCACAACCGCUUACAUUUUCACAAGUAAAGAAUGCAUUUCAAAGUACACCACAGAGCAACAAAUAUGGUAUUUUUAGCAAUAAAUUUGUGCGAACUUCAAAUAAUGAAAUCAAACCAUAUGGAAGUAUAAUAAAUGCAAAAAAUAUUUCACAGAAAAACAAUGAAAAUAUAAACGAGGAAGGGUAUGUAAGUAAUGUUAGUCACAAAAAGAGAAAACCUUCUGGGUCAAGAAAAUUUGGUACAGAAAUUACAAACAUAAAUCAAUCUUUACAAUCUAAUCCAGGAGAAGGUAUAACUGAACUAGUAGUAAGUGAAGCUGAAAAUAUACCACCACCAGCUAUACAGACAACGAAUACAAUGAACUUAAGUACAAAUAAUACAUUUAGCUCUGGUACUAAUGAAAACAAAGAAAACAAUAUGUCAAAUCAGCAAAGUCAAAUAGUUGUUAAGAAAGAAAGGAAAAAAGUUAAUUCUCAAAGUCCUAAGAAAAGUACAUUAAGUGUACAAAUGGAUGAACAAAAAGAAAAUUUUGAUCCUCAACCUGGACCAUCGGGCUUACAAAAUCGUUCAAUUGUUAAUGAUCAAAGAGUAUUGAGACAAUCUAAUUUAAAUAAUUUUCUAAAUAUAAUGGAAAUGCCACAAAGUACUACAAUCAAAACAGCUCACAAAAUUUUUGAUGAUAUAUGUUCAACACCAGUUAGUACUAUUAAAUCAGGAAAAAAGUUACAUGAACGCAGUAUGGAAUUACAAAAUGCAUUUGGUUUUAGUGAUGAAGAUGAUGAAAAUUUAUCAUCUUCUGUUGAGUAUAAAAAUGCAAAUGACAAAGAAAAAGAAGAAAAAGCCAUUCAGACAAAUUUAGAGAAUUAUAAUAGACCUUUAGCAAGAUUAUCAGUUAAUGAAAUAAAAAACAAAUUAGCGGUUAAUAAAUUGAAAGAGGAUAUAAAAAAAGUUGAAAAUGUACAAACUGAAAAAUUAGAUGUAAAAAGAUCGCCUCUCAAAGAAAAGAACAAAAAUAAAAUUGAUAUUACAAGCUUUUCUGAUACAUUUGAUGUUCUUUCUGAAACGGGUGAAUCUAAAAUAGGGAAUAAUAUACCAGAAGUUCCAUUGUUUGCUGAUUUUGAACCAACUCAUUUUUCACAGCCUCCACGAUAUUCAUACAAACGUAAACGACCAGUGAAAUUCAGUUUAUCAGACGAGAGUGGUUCAGAAGAGGAAGAGAUACCAAAACAUGAAAUAAAGCGGAAAAGAGGUAACAAAAUGAAAUUACAGCAGGAACAAAGGUUAAAGAACUGGGUUAAAAAUAUUAAUAAAACAUUUAGUGAAGUAGACCAGCAUGAACUUGUGGUUGAGUAAACUACUAAUUACAGUUAUUGCAAAGAAAAGUUAAGUAUAUUUCUGAUAUAAACUGUUAUUGAUAUUUGUUAGGCAAAUUUUAUCUUGAUAUCUUAAAUAUUAUUUUUAAGUGCCUUAUUAUAUACAUACGCGUGCUUGCGUACUUUAAGAGAAAAAAAAUAUACA